AUGGCGUCGGCUGGUGGCGGUAGUUUACGACGUGCAAAUACAAGUGUUUCUUUGCCAGACCUUAGCACGACUAUUAAAGCGAACGAGCACGAAAGAAAAGUCGCUGACAAAAGCAUCAACUCGGUUGAAACACACUUCGACGAGCUGGCGACGAAAUUAAACCAUUAUGCCGUCCGUUUAGGCAAACUUCGCAACGCCGGAGACGAGUUUCACAAAGCUGUUGAGACCUACGCUGACGAGGAAUCGAGUGGUCUGAAACAGGCGUUACAUACGUUUGCCGAAUGCUUUGCCACUAUACAAGACCUACGACAUGAACAAGUCCAGCAAAUCGCCGACAAAAACGUACAAGCGUUUAGUAUUUACAAGACAAAAUGUCGACAAGCGAAGGACGAUGUGAAAUCGAACCUCGGCGCUUUGGACAACGAAGUGAAGAAGUAUAAAUCCUUAGAACGGUUGAAAACUCGCUCGGCGUCGAACCCGAGUCGGCUUGCAAGAGCUCAAACGGAGUUCCAGAAAGCCUCAGACGAAGCAGGUCGAAGCUCGAGAAUUCUCCACGAACAGAUGGAGGAAUUCGAACGCGCUAAAAUCCGAGAAAUUAAACAGAUAUUCCGAGAUUUUAUCCACAAUGAGAUCUAUUUCUUUGCGAAGGGGUUAGAGCUCUACACUCGUGCCUACGAUGGUCUGACGUCUCUCAACGAUGAGAAUGAUAUCGAGGAGUUUCGAGCGUCGAUGUCAUGGCAACCACAAGGUCAUUCUACCCCCGGGUUUUCGCGACAUCGCUCCGAACCAGUGCUCAAUAGUCAUAUAGAGGAACAGGAUUUUAAUGAAUCGGUUUAG